CUAGCCGGCUCUCCUUUUGCCAUUUAAAAAACAUAGUACACCACACCUAAACACGCAUUCAUCAUGGCCUUCGCCCCCGGCUCCCUCUCCGACGACGCGGCCGCCUGGAAGGGCCAGUCCUUGGUCGGCGUGCAGCAACUGGACGAGGCCGGGCUCAACCUCGUGCUCGCGCACGCCGAGCGGCUGCGCGGCCAGCCCCGGGACAAGGUCUUGGCGCGGCAGCGCGGCAAGAUCCUGGCCAACGUCUUCUACGAGCCGUCGACGCGCACGAGCUGCAGCUUCCAGGCCGCGAUGCUGCGAUUGGGGGGCAGCGUCUUCUGCGUCGCCGAGGCGACGUCGAGCGCCAAGAAGGGCGAGACGCUCGAGGACACGGCGCGGUCGCUGGCGUGCUACGCGGACGUGCUCGUGCUGCGGCACCCCGAGUCCGGCGCCGCGAAGCGCGCGGCGGUCGCGUCGCGGAAACCGACGCUGAACGCGGGCGACGGCGUCGGCGAGCACCCCACGCAAGCGCUGCUCGACGUCUACACGCUCUGCCGCGAGAUGUGCGGCGGCAUUCCCGCCGGGGGCGUCCGGGCGGCCCUCGCGGGGAAGACCAUUUGUAUGGUGGGCGACCUAAAGCACGGCCGCACGGUGCACUCGCUGGCCAAGCUCCUCGCGAACUUCGACGUGGCGCUGGUCUACGUGGCCCCGGCGGGCCUGGAGAUGCCGGCGGCGGUCACGGACGUCGUAUCAAGAGGUACGGCUUCACAAAAGUCCGUGGACGCGCUCGCCCCGGUCGUCGCCGACUGCGACGCGCUGUACGUCACGCGCGUGCAGCGCGAGCGCUUCGAGAGCCAGGCCCUCUACGAGCGCACGAAGGGCUCCUACGUCGUCGACGCGGCGCUGCUGCGGACGGCAAAAAAAGGGUGCGCCGUCCUGCACCCGCUCCCGCGCGUCGACGAGGUCGCGACGGACGUCGACGCCCUGCCGAACGCGGCCUACUUCCGCCAGAUGGAGCACGGCCUCUACGCGCGCAUGGCGCUCCUGGACCUCGUCCUCGGCCGGCCCUCGAUGCUGGACGGCCUCCGCGCGGCGCUCGGCCUCUAAG